GCUUCUCCAGUCGAGAGCUGUUCACCGGCUGCCGCUGCACUAAUGAGGCGUUCGCUGACUCGCGGAUAAUCAUUCCAUUAGCAUAGCGGCAGCCACACGCCACUGGCAGUGACGUAACCGCGGUGAUUAAGGUGCUGGGGCGCCGUUUGACGGACCUGACGUCUGUGCCGCGAGGGCAGUUUCGCGUUUCUCGUCCGACGUGUGUACAUCGUCAAUUUUUUUUUUUUGUGUAGAGGUAUAGCCGAUCUGCAGACAGGAUUUCCUAUUCUGAACCAUAAUUUUCUGCGGUGUGCGUGUGAUAUACUGUAACAGUAAGAUGAAACUGUGUAAAUGUUUGUUCGUCUCUUAUGUGUCAUACUGAAUUCGAGAGAAUGGAAUUGUCAUACUGAAACCGAGACAAUUACAGACGAAGAUUUCGAGUGUCAUCGUCGGUGUUCGUCGCUGGACUGUAACUGACUGACCGGCUCGCCAACGGCCUACAGCCAUAAAGGCAGCUGUGACAGCUGACGGCGCAACAGAAAGAUACGAGGUCUCGCUGCCAUAGAUUUCCUGUUGGCCUUCGCCUAUAAAGGUGCCGACUGUAGAAGUCUCCAGUUUCGUACUUCUGUGGUUCCUUGGUGCCCCUGGCCCACAGAUAAUCAGUGGAACUGAAAACUGCUUAAUCCCAGGUGUUACCAAGGAAAUAUUAACCCGGAGGAGCUACCCCAGAGGACUUCGCAGCUGCUAACGACUACGGUAGCGCGGCAGGCGGCGAACUGAGGGGCAGCGAGGCGGGCAGAUCGGUAGGCGUGCGGGACAGCCGACGGCGACGCCUGCCGCGCCCCCUGCGGCUCAGUGCGCAUGCGCCGCGGGGCAGCAGCCCCAAGAUGGCGGGCGUGCACCCUGCGCCAGCGGGUGACGACAGCUACUGAGUGCGCGCUGGCGGAAAUGGCGAGCGAACGUGGAUCGCGGGCCCGGAGAUCGCCCGUUCACAGCCGGGAACGGCGCGGGGUAGGCCGUGGACGACGAGAGCAGCAGCCGCGACGCCGCGGAGCGACGCCCCGGCCGCCGGCGUCGGCAUGAAGGGCGGAGUAGUGUCGUGUGGUGUGCCUCUGCCGCUACGACUGUGCAGUGAGUAGUGAGCCGCACCGGGAAAUCAGCAGCCUCGCCGCUGCGGCAAGAUCGCCGCCGGAUCCAGGACUGCAGUGGCGACAGGAAAAUUAUAAUAUAUAUCGUCCGGGAGAACGGAAAGGGACUCGCACACGACGGAGGGAAACAUGCAAAAGGAAAAUAACACCAACUCUGGGGAGCACCAGCAAUAUGUUGGACCCUUCAGGCUGGAGAAAACACUCGGAAAAGGCCAAACAGGUCUGGUUAAACUUGGUGUUCACUGUGUUAUGGGCAAGAAGGUAGCUAUCAAAAUCAUCAACAGAGAGAAACUGAGUGAGUCCGUGCUUAUGAAGGUUGAGAGAGAGAUUGCCAUUAUGAAGCUGAUUGACCAUCCACAUGUUCUUGGUCUGUCUGAUGUCUAUGAAAACAAGAAAUACCUGUAUUUGGUGCUAGAACAUGUAUCUGGUGGAGAACUGUUUGAUUAUCUGGUGAAGAAAGGUCGUCUGACUCCAAAGGAAGCAAGGAGAUUUUUCCGUCAGAUAAUUUCUGCCCUUGACUUCUGCCACAGCCAUUCUAUCUGCCAUCGAGAUCUGAAACCUGAAAAUCUUCUGUUGGAUGAGAAAAACAACAUAAAAAUAGCUGACUUUGGCAUGGCAUCUCUUCAGCCAGCUGGCAGUAUGCUGGAGACUAGCUGUGGAUCACCUCACUAUGCCUGCCCUGAAGUUAUACGGGGUGAAAAGUAUGAUGGUCGCAAAGCCGAUGUGUGGUCAUGUGGUGUUAUACUUUAUGCACUUCUUGUUGGAGCGCUGCCAUUUGAUGACGAUAAUCUCAGGCAACUGUUGGAGAAAGUGAAACGAGGUGUAUUUCACAUUCCACAUUUUGUUCCACCUGACUGCCAGAACUUGCUGAGAGGAAUGAUUGAGGUCAAUCCAGAAAAGCGACUUACGCUGGCAGACAUAAACAGACAUCCCUGGGUGACGGCUGGUGGAAAGGGUGAAUUAGAGUUGGAACUGCCAAUGAUGGAGGUUGUCCAGACACACAUUAUACCUUCCAUUGAUGCCAUGGAUCCAGAUGUGCUUCAGGCCAUCUCUAGUCUUGGUUGUUUCAAAGAUCGAGAAAAACUAAUUCAAGAAUUAUUGAGCCCAAACCACAAUACUGAAAAAGUUAUCUACUUUUUACUUCUGGAGAGGAAGCGCCGUCGCCCAGCAUUUGAAGAUGACACAGAAGCAAUUGUCAGAGUGCGCUCAGAAUCAAGUGAUCCUCCCAGGAAAAGAAUAGAUACUUGCAAAGUUAAUGGUACUGCUAAUUACCAGUUUAGGCAGAUAAGUGAAGGUUCACCACUUACUCCUCGUCGCCAGCAAUUUGGCUCUGGAUCUACCAGGCACCACAGCAGGCGAUCACCAGCAAGUGUUCAUUCAACUAGCAACCACCAGGUGACCUCACCAGUCACAACACUACAUGCAGGCCUCAAUAAUGCAUCACCUGGCAACCUAUCUCCUGGCCCACAGAGGGCAGCAUCUGCACACCAUCACCAUCAUCACCAUUACCGGCCUGUUGGUUUAGCUCCACCAUCACCCCAUCAUCAGAGAGCCAAUAGCAGUGGUGGGACGCCAGAAAUCAAUACAGAUGCUUCAGCUGCAGGUCUGAGCACUGUGAAUGUGGCACCUUGUACCCCACCUGGAUCACCACAUACAAGUACAACAGGCCAUCAUUGGAGAUCUAGGCUUACAACUAUAAAAAAUAGUUUUCUUGGGAGUCCCAGGUUCCAUCGGCGGAAAUUGCAAACAUCCUCAGAAGAAGUACACCUUACACCUGAGUCUUCACCUGAACUAACAAAGAAGUCAUGGUUUGGCAGCCUUAUGACCACUGAAAAAGAUGAAACCUUCACUAUAUUGGUCAAAGGAAAACCAUUAGCUACAGUCAAAGCUGAUCUCAUUCAUGCCUUCUUAUCAAUAGCAGAACUCAGUCACAGUGUGUCGAGUCCGAUGUCAUUCCGAGUCGAGUACAAGAGGGGUUCUACUGCUCCAGCCAUGUUCCAGAGACAAGUCAGGUUCCAGGUGGAUGUGUCCACCAUAACAAAACAGUCUGGAGACAGCCCCAAGGAGUACCUGUAUGCUAUAACCUUCACUCUCUUGUCAGGUAACAUCAGGAGGUUCAGGAGGGUCUGCGAGCACAUCCAGUCGCAGGUGUGCAGUCGCAGGCCGCCCCCUUCCCCACGAGCAGCACGCAAGUUCACCACCGAGCUGAGUGAAAGCUCCAGCUGUGGUUCCGACACGUCUGAGCGACUGUCUCCUUACCCUGGCACAAGGCAGGUGGAAUCUGACAUCGAAAGUGACACCUCAGUGUUUGAUGUCAAAUCUCCAACGCGAGACACAAGCCCAAGUGGAGGAGGCAGCAGUGGAAGUGGAAGGAGACGGAGUUGCACCAGCAGCAAUAACAACAAUAAUGGGGGUGGCAGUGGAGGCGGCUCAGGGGGAGAGAGCAGCAGUGGUGCCACAACAGUCUCCUGCCCCACGUCCACUGAGACAAUGACUCCUACCCUUAAGGCAGUGCGUUCAAGUAGUGAAAGCCCCAGUGGAGUGGUGGACGCACAAGGUUCAGCUACGUGAGGACUGAGCCAAUAAGAGUGUUCAACUCCCUGUUUGAACUGGAGAGCAACAAAGCUUUUUGCAGCAUUUUUGUGGCUUGAUCAUGAGGACUGCUCUAUUCACAAGAUGCUGGUCCUGGGAGUGUGUUUACACUCAACUUUCUCCCUCAGACUUCAAGUGAAAAAAUUGUGAUGAGUAUUAAAAAGUGCAAUAGUGGCACUAGUUAUCAGGAAUGCUUUCAUAAGAGUAAGGCAAAAAAGUCUUUUAUUUUGCAUAUGAUUACUUUCACAUCAUCAGCUGACUAUAUAUAGGAACACUGCUUCAGCAGAGCACAGAACUAAAAAGACAGCCUUAGUGAAAAUGUUGCAGCUGACAGCAAGUUUCAGUGGAGAUAGUUGAGAAAACUGUCUGUUACACUGAACUUUUACAGGCUUUACAAAACAAUGGUGUGUAAUAUGUAAAUUGCACCACUGGAUGACAUUCCACAAAUGAAGCACAUUUUAUGAUGCCUCAUCAUAAUUCUAAUUUGUGAAGAGCUUUGAUUUUAAUCUGAUAGAAAAAUAAGCUUGUUCAGGGAACGUUUAUUCAGGCCUUGCCUCGCAGUUUUCAUUUAGAUAUGCAUGUUGUACUGUUAUAUGUGUAUGUAGUAUUUAUGAGAAAAGUUGUACAAUCAGUUGUUUUCAGAACAUUUUUGCUAUGCUGGCCAGUGAUAACUUGUGCAAUAAAUUUAAUUCUUGUGAUUACUGUUAUUAAAUUAGUUACUGUUAUCAAGUUUUCAAAAAAAUUGCAACAUUGUAUUAAAUACUGAGUUGAAAAGUUGUUGACGCAUCCUCCUCCUCCUCACUUUUUUAAUCUGUAGGGUUUAUGAAUGCCUAGCAGAGAGAGAAUUAUGUAAUUAUCUGCUUUCUUCCUAAUAAGGCAUUAAUUCCCUAAAAUGUGAGGAGUGACUGGCAAAUGCAUCAUCUUAAGUAAAAUUGUGAAAUGUCCCUCCAGGGAAAUUAUCCCGUCAUUUUAAGUGUAUAUUACUGUUAAUUUAGCACCAGUGUUGUGACUCUAUUUGAGAACUGAGGAAAGACUGUGUUUAAAUUGCUAAGUAAUGCUGAAACUGUUAAAACUACUCUCUAAGUUUGUUUCGUCUUUUACACUGAUGCUAUUUAUAUGUUAGAUUUCUGUGUUAUAACUAAUUAUGAGCACUUCAGAAACAGUGAAAUAUUCUGGUAUACCAGAGUUAUUCCAGGUAGAAAAACGAUUUACUGGGAUAAUUUUUAUCAUAUCUUUUAUAUGUACUGAUGCAUAUUAGCAGUCAUAUGCAGCAAUGCUGUGAUAUUACUUUUAGAUUGAUACAACUGAUACGUUACUACGUUUUACACAUUUGAACAUUCCUAGUAGAUAAGUCCUUCCAAUUAAUUUGAUUGUAUUUGGGGAAACUCUACCAUUUCUGUCUCUGUAAACAAAUUUACUCUGCAAGGCUUCUGUAUAUGAUAACAGAAUUCCUUUUGCUGUGGUGUUGCACUGCCUUGCCAGAAUAUGUUGUACAUAAUAUUAGCAAUCAUUCACCCUCAGACUUAUUUGUCAUUUACUUUUUAACGAUAUUCAUAAUUUGCUGGCUUGACUAUUCCCUCACAUAUUGCUGAUAAGACUGUUUUGCAUUAUUUUUCAAUAUCCUAGAUGGUAAGCUGAUUUCCACUUUCAAAACUAUUGUAAUGUGUAACUGAAGUAAAACUGCAAAUUGUAAUAGCAGGACAGAAAAGAAAGGCAAAAAUAUGAAUCACUGAGGGUUGUACUUUUGCAAGUAAUAAAUGCAAGAGAUGUUUGUUUCUCAAAUUUAUAUGCAUAACGAGAAUAAGACUAACUUCUUAGGGUGAGUUAAUUUAUUUACAAAUGAAGGACAGCAGUUAGAAAAUGUCAAAACCAUGUUUUCAUUACUCUUGUGUGAAUCUGAAUAGAUGUUAUACAAGCUGAUUAUAUUACAAAAUCAAAUACAAAUAUUUGUUCCUGUAGCAAUAUUUUUAAUUCAAUUGUGACAUUCACAUUUACGUUUGUUUUUUCACAGUGACUUGUAUGGGUUAUUCCCAUUCUUUCUCUUUGAGGUACAUGCAGUUUCUAGCAUUCCACUUCUGUACUCAUUUUUCAUCUUUAACUUCCACAUCAUCUAAUUUAAUGAAUCAAGAAAUGCACAGAAAAACCAUGCCAUUCCUCAUAUUAGACUUCAAGAUGUUUCACAAUAUAAUUAUUUGAUAACAACAUAAAUUGUUUUAAUCUUCUCCAUUCAUUCUCAACUUCUUAUACCUAAGUGAAAAAAUUCAGCUAUAGAGAUUCAAAUUUUCCAAAGGAAUUAAUUAUUCAAAAGCUGCCAGUAAAAGAUUGGUAAAAAGCAAACAUCUGCAAAUGGAAAAAAAAAGAUGAAGAAAAGUGAAGGUGGAAAUGUGAGGCAUCUAACAUGCUUUACAACUUUUAUUUGUAAUGUUGUUCUUCCCACUUCAAGGGUUAACAGCUCUACAUUGGCAACUUAUCUCUUUUGUUCAUCAUGUUGUCAAUUGAUACCAUAAUCAACUACAGUGGGGAAACACAAAGUGUCUUUGUUCCAAAACAGUGAUGGCAGAUGACACAAUUUAGCUCUGUUGUCUGCCAUGUGCAGUGCUUUUGUCUGCUUCAAUUUGGAAUUACAGUUGAAGUGUUAUCGUUUUGUGGGGUAUAUGCUAAAUUCUCUGUGUGGUGCUUCAUAUAUUUUCUUGCAAUUUUGAGUCAGCUUAAGAUUUAUUGAAGGUGAAGGUCAGAUAGAGUGAACAUAUUUUCAGUUACAUUGUGAGCUAUAUUUCUUUUCUAAAAUUUGUGUCAAGCUGAUUUCAUGUGACACCAUUUUCUUUUUUUUCAAAAAUUGUUAAUGAAAUAUCAGUUGUUUGCAGUAAGGAUGUUUAGAUAAAUGAUUUUACCAAGGGAACUGCAAAUACUUGGCAGAAGAAAUAUAGUUACACACUACUGGAUCCUCACUUGAUAACUCCAUUUUUUAACAAAACUCUUCAUUUGAUUCUUGGCACUUUCAAGUGCCAUCUACCCAUUUCUGUGUAGCUCAUACUUUUGAUAUCUUCAUGACCCAAAGACAGAUCUUCAAUAAUUUUCCUGCAUUUUAUUUACAUGUGGUAUUAGUUUCAUGGCUUAGUGUUUUUCUAGACAUUGGUAAUAUUUUCAUAUUUUUGAGCAAUCCAAUUACUCCUUUUGUACAUCUUUCAUGUAAGUAUACCUUACAAAUUAUCUUUACACACUAUGUUUUGUCUGUUAAAGACAUGAAAACUGCAGACAGUUAGUUCUAUGGGCUUCAUGUAAGAUAUUUUGUACCAUGUCAUCUAAAAUUAUUGCAAAGAGGAAAUGACAAACACUGAAUCCUGGUGCAGAGAACAUUUAAUUGCAAAUCUUUAUUUUAAUUACACAUGUGAGUUUCUUGCAAGUAGGAGCAACAAUUUCCAGUGGUAGUGUCAAGUAAAGAUACUUAAGAAUAGCAGGAUAACAUACCCAUACUUCUACAGAGAAGUGAAGACAGAAAGAUCAGAGCAAAGGUCAAGAAACCAAUGGUGGCAGAACAGGAGCAAAAGGCCUAAGAUGUGAAGAUGUCUAUUGUGACAAUAAGAAGAGAUGGUAAGCAACUGCAUGCCACUCUCACCUGAAAAAUGAUAUCAGUCUUACAGCUAUCCACUAUUCAUUGUAUACUUAUCUUGAUAUUUCAUAAUCACAGCUACAAGCCUUUCACAGAGGAAUAGAGAUCACUGUCAUAUGCUUCUAUUGGAAAAUGUUUCAUUUAGGUUGCUCUCUCACCUUCCAACCCCCUUCCCUCCUCCCUCCCCUUCUCACUCCCCACUUGCACAGAAUGCAUCUUGUGCAUUGUCACCACUAAAUAUAGGCCUGAAAAAUAUAAUUCCCACAUUACUUAAGAUAUUUGGCAUUGUUUUAAGCCACAAAAAAGCAAAUAAGUAUCCUAGUAUGUUGUGAAUUCUAUCAAUAUAAUCUGUGGAUUGCAGGGAAGACAUUUCAGCAAUUUCAUCUGCCUUUUCAUGUAAUAUAUGUUCAGCAUUCAACAUGGUCUUAAAUAUCCUUCCAAAUCUGAACUAUUUAUUAUGUUUUUAUUUCAUUAUUGUAUUCUCAGUGAUUAGCAGUGAUUAUCUAAUUACUUUUCUUGCCCAUUGACAUUUUAUAUUUGUAUUAAAAUGCCCCACUUAACUGACAAUUCUUUUACAGAGAAUUCACAAAAAUCAAAACCCAAUAAAAAUUAAACUGAGAUGCCAAGUAUUUCACUACAAGUUCAGUGACAAAAACCUAUGAAGAAUUACUUGACUGCAGAAGAUUAGUUAUGUAGUUAGACAGAGGAUAAAUAUGGUUUCAGACUAUUUCGAUACAGCACAGUCCUUCACUGUUUUGCCCUGGGAUAUUACAAAAAUACAUUAUUUGAAAUGCUUUCAAUUUCCAGCCACUUCAUUAAUACUGCUUCAAAAUGCCUUGACUCAUACAAGAAAAAUGCUAAUAAACAAUAACCAUGAAACUGUCUGACACAUCAAAAUGGUGUGUCAGAAGAAAGCUUAGGCUCACCAUUCAGAAAAUGCAGGCCUCUAAUUUGAUUCCACAGUUAAGCAUACAUUUACCAUCUGUUAUAAAAUAGACAGUUUAGCAUAUACUCUAAUGUUGUUUAGACUGUUCUAAUUCAGGGCUGAAGACUUUCACACACAACUGGAAGCAAAACAUUUUUGCAUCAACUUUUUACUGCCCUCAUAAUUCACAUCCAAAAAUCUUUUUCAUCUUCCAUACCUUUUAAAUAUUAUUUUGAAAAUCAGGCUUACAGGUCCACAGUGGCAAAUUUGGUAAAACUGUCAUAUUAUUAGACUAGUAUUAUGUGAUAAUAACUUAUUCAGCCAUUUAUUUUAAUUUAAGAUCAAAAAUACUAUCAAAGUAACAGUAAAGAGACAUCUAAGGAAAAGUGACUUAUUUUGCGUGCUUCAAAUACACCUUCCUUUCGAAGCACACACACUUCACUGUAUAAAAGAAAAAAAAAUAUGUUUUUGCAGCACAGCAAACACAUUUCUGAGACAAAAAAGCCAUUACUUUUGCCUGCUAAUAUAGCAAACACCCAUGUUUAAGUUUCUGCUAAUGUACAAUUUUUAUACUGUAUAGUAUUUAAGUCAUUCCUUCUAUAUAAACAUCCUCCAUGUGUAUGGGUAAAUUUAUUUCCCUUUGUUUCCUGACGUCUGAGCCGCAAAAGCUGUUACAUUAUAGAAAUGUUUCUAUGCAGUUUUUAUGCAUCUCUGUUCAUAUAUUUAUGUAUGUUUACCAAAUAGGUUACCUUUGUAUUUUCCUCAGUUGCCUGAGGUUAUGUCCAACCACAGCACAGCAUAAAAAAACAUAUCUUUCUUUAAUUGUUCAUACACUUCACUCCUGUUGUCCUCAUGUCAGUACUAUCAUUGCUGUUAUGAAACUGCUUUAGCACCUCACUAUAGUAAAUGACCAAUGUAGCUAAUACGGAAUGUUAGGGUGGUAACAAAGGAAAGUCUAAAAUGACAGCAUUAAGAAACCUGGAAUCAUAUGGGUCUGUAUACAGUAGGUGAAAAAAAAAUAAUCUGACAAUAUAGUAACACAUAGUUACAAACAAUGAAAGAGAAAUGCAAUAUCAAUUAUAUGAUGCAGAAUUUUCAUUUGGACCAAUGUCUCUGUUGGAAUGUUCCUUUUGAUUACUUAUUCUGACCUCAUUAUAUGAUUUCCUGGGUCUUUAGUCCUCACAAGUAUCUUUUACCUAUGAAGAGUAUAGUAUUAGUGUUAGGCAGUGCAACAAGCAUCAGUGCCAUUUAAAUGAAAGAUAUUUAAUAAAAGUAAAUACACUAUAUCUCUAAUUUUAAAUUCACUUUUUUAAGCACUACACUGUAAGCAGUCACAGAUGUUAAAUUAUUUUAAUUUUCAAAAUGCUUGAGAGCUUUCUGUUGUAGCUUCUCAUAAAAGGAAAGAAGUCAUUUUAAUUGCAAGAAUUCAGCAGUACAAUUAGUAUUUCACAGUUACACCAAAUGACACUGAAGUUCUAACAAAACAGUUUAGGAUGUUUCUAUAAUUUCAGUGCUACCUUGACCAUCCAUUUAAGUCUUAUAUGAAUGCAUAUUAAUCUUAAAAUUAUGCUGGCAUUGCAGCAAAUUUUUAAAGCAAAUUAUUCAUAGGUUUUUCUCUAGGCUCCUAUGUAAUAGCUGCUACUUUCUGUUCUCUUUUGAUACAAUAAUGCACACUUUUGUUCUUAAACGCAUACACUACAUUUCUAGUGAAUAUAUUAAAAUCUUUCUGGCCAAACAAAUAAAAAACUAUUGACUAAAGCUGCUAAUCUAUGAAUCCCUUCACAUGACCUUGAAUGUCUACAGUACAUGACAAUGUGCUACAUUGUGCAAACAAUGAAGUGUUAACUGUUACAAAAAAUAUCUUGAACAGUGCAGACAAGAAUUAUAACUUCUUUUGACAAAUGUACAUGUAUACUUUUCCUACAUUUAGUACAUAGACAGGUUUUGAUAUAUCAAGGGGUGCAAUUCAUUGAAAAGUUGUGCAGAAUUAGUAUAUUAAAGCAUAUUUUAAGAACUGAAACAUUAUUUUUUAAAAUUAUCAUAUUAUAAAGCUGGAUUGAGACACAAGCCCAUCAUGCUCAAUAAAUGGCUAUAAUAAUUAAAGCAUGCAGCAAAACUGUUAAAGAUGCCUGUGUAAAAAUGAAAUACAUAACAGUCCAACUUUUAUUUCAAGCUCGAUUAAAUUUCAUAGAGCUUGCUGCCUUUCUAGUCAUUAGUCUAUAGUAGUGAAUACUGACUGUAUUUAUACAUAUUAUAGACAGCAUAGAACUUGUCCAUUGUAAACUUAGAUAUGAAGUUCACACAUUGCAUAAACCAAACUAAACAGACUGUUUUGUUAAUGUAAUAUACAAGCUGUAAACAUAGUGCAAUUUUUUGUACUAGUAUUUCUGAAAAAAGCCAUCGUGAAAUAAACAUUAAUUCAUCAGUUUUUGGUCUUGUACCUCUGUUGACAGAAAAUAAAAUUACAAAACUCUGAAGUACUGUUAAACCUAAUCAUACCUUUUGUUGUGCAACUAUUUUAAAGAGAAGAAAAGACCUUCUGAUAUCAUGAAUAUGUUAUGACUACAUGAAUGUGUUGUUAUAUUAAUACUGAAUCUUGCAGUAAAGAUAAACUAACAGUGAGCAACAUAAUGACAUUAAAGUUCUGUUUGUUGUCAUCUAAUAAAGGAUAUUAUU